GAAACACUACAAAUACAAACCUAUUUUGUUUUCUUCAACUUGUCGGCGUCACCUCACUAUUGCCGACCAACAAGUUUUCUUGAAACAGCAGGUUUCCGUGUCGGCCCAUUUUAUGACACAUCAUUGAGCAGCUCAAGGAUACGGUUCCCUGAUCCUAGCGGAUAUAGGCUGACAUUUGUGACUCCAUUGAUUUGCGCGCGUUUGAUUUUCCUGGGCGGAGUUUUUAGAGCUCCGACCGUCGCUGGCUGUGUGCAGAGCCAACCCAACGUAACAACAACCUACCUACCUAGGUAACCUAAGUUUACUCAACACCCCUUUAAAAACAUGUCGGCAAAAGCAACCCGGGGUGGCACCUCUUCGAGCUCCCCGCAGAACAGCUCUUCCUCAUCUCAAUCCCAAUCCCAAUCCCAAUCCCAAUCCACCGCAGUUUCGAGGAUACGGAAUAUUGCAAACCACAUGAUGGCAUCACCAAACACAAUCUUCACGGCCGAUGUCGUUCCUCAGGCCCCAGAAGACCCUCUCUUUGGGUUGAUGGCGGCCUACAGGGCCGAUGAGAGCCCCGACAAGGUCGACUUGGGAAUUGGUGCAUAUAGGGACGACAACGCAAAGCCGUGGGUGCUUCCUGUUGUCAAGAAGGCCGACGAAAUCAUCCGCAACGACCCUAGUGCCAACCAUGAAUAUCUCCCGAUCGCCGGUCUGGCCUCCUUCACCAGCAAGGCUGGCGAGCUGAUGCUCGGCGCCGACACACCUGCCAAAGGCCGCCUCACAUCUGUGCAGACCAUUUCCGGCACUGGAGCUCUGCACCUCGGAGCCCUCUUCCUCCAGAAGUUCUAUCGCAAGGUCUAUGGCAACUCGGUCGUGCACCUGUCAAACCCCACCUGGGCAAACCACAACCAGAUCUUCUCCAACGUCCAAGUGCCGACGACGACCUACCCAUACUUUGACAAGGGCACCAAGGGCCUUGAUUUUGAGGGCAUGAAGGCUGCGUUGAGCAAUGCCGCAGAACACUCCAUCAUCCUUCUGCACGCUUGUGCACACAAUCCCACUGGUGUUGAUCCCACGCAGGACCAGUGGCGUGAGAUUGCGGAGAUCAUGAAGGCCAAGAAGCACUUUCCCUUCUUUGACUGUGCUUACCAGGGCUUCGCUUCGGGCGAUCUGGACCGUGAUGCCUGGGCUGUUCGCUACUUUGUCGAACAGGGAUUUGAGCUUGUCAUUGCUCAGUCUUUUGCCAAGAACUUUGGCUUGUACGGUGAGCGGGCGGGCUGCUUCCACUACGUGUCGGCGCCCGCAGAUCAGGCUGCCGAAACGACCAAGAGGGUCGCCUCACAACUCGCCAUCCUCCAGCGCUCCGAGAUCUCGAACCCGCCGAUCUACGGCGCCCGCGUUGCCAGCAUCGUACUCAACGACCCGGCGCUCAUGGCCGAGUGGAGGGAAAACCUUAAGACCAUGUCGGGCCGCAUCAUCGCUAUGCGCAAGGAGCUAAGGGCGAAGCUCGAAGCGCUGGGUACCCCCGGCACAUGGAACCACAUCACGGACCAGAUUGGCAUGUUCAGCUUUACGGGUCUGACCGAGGCCCAAGUCCUGAAGAUCCGGAGCGACUACCACGUUUACAUGACCAAGAACGGUCGUAUCAGCAUGGCGGGACUCAACUCGCGCAAUAUUGAUUAUUUUGCCAAAGCCGUCGAUAAGGUGGUGAGGGAGACGCAGUAAAUUUGUAUGAGAGCAAUGGGCGAUUGUGGGGAAGUACUGUGCAGAUACUACUAUGUCAAGCACUAUCAAAAAUAUUUACAACACUUCUGUUUCGUAUAGAUGUGUACUUCUUUUCAAAAACAAAUAAGGAAAAAAAAAAGACCAG